AAGAGGUGUUUGGUUGGCGAGAAAAUUUAAUAAGUUUUAUUAUCAGGAUUUGAACCACUCCUGGAGACGAUGAUAUCUAAGCGACAGAGGAAAUUUCUGGAAGAGACAGGACAAAAAUAUUGAACAUUGGAAAAGCCGAAUGGAUGAAGACAUUUUGGAUUUUUGUUUUACUGUCACCGCAUCCAUUAAAAGCUGCAUUAUUUACUCUUCACUGUUUCAUCAACUUUAAUUUCUUCGAUCAGACUUCCGAUUGUUCUCUCUGUUUAAUGGAAGGUUGCAAGACUCCAUCCCCUCCUAAGAGGACGCAUCCACAAAUAAAUGACACAGAAGGACCAUAUAGGCUGCUUCAUUGUUCAGCAAAGGGAGACAAAACAGGAGUGAUGCAGGAAUUAGAAAAAGGCGUGGAACCUAACUUUUCUGAUUAUGAUAAGAGAACAGCUCUCCAUUUAGCUUCCUGUGAAGGCUGCACUGAAAUUGUGGUCCUCCUUCUUGAGAAAGGCGCUGAUGUCAACUCUAUUGAUCGUUGGGGUCGCACUCCACUGUCAGAUGCUCGUAGCUUUGGUCAUCAGGAUAUUUGCAAGAUACUGGAAAGUCGGGGUGGAACGGAUCCGGUAGGACUGGACUCUCAGACACCAUGCUAUGAGAUUGAUUAUAAUGAAGUGGACAUGGAUGGUGCAGCACUCAUUGGAGAAGGAUCAUACGGUGAAGUUUAUCUAGUGAAAUGGCGUGGUACAGAAGUAGCAGCAAAGACCAUUCGUUCCUCCAUUGCGUCAAGUCAGAAAGUGAAGAAUACUUUUUUGAAGGAAUUGGGUUUGUGGCAAAAAUUGCGCCACCCUAAUAUAGUACAGUUUCUUGGUGUUCUAAAGCACUCUGAUCGCUUAAUCUUUCUUACGGAGUAUCUUCGCAAUGGAAGUUUGUACGACAUACUGAAAAGGAAGGGAAGACUUGAUACACAAACAGCAGUUGCCUAUUCUUUAGAUAUUGCAAGAGGUAUGAAUUAUCUGCAUCAACACAAACCACAUGCUAUUAUUCAUCGGGAUCUGACGCCAAGGAACGUGCUGCAAGAUGAAUCAGGACACCUUAAGGUUACGGACUUUGGUUUAAGCAAAAUUGCACAGGAAAAAGAUGCGGGUUACAAGAUGACUGGCGGAACGGGUUCAUAUCGUUACAUGGCACCUGAAGUUUAUCGUCGAGAAUCAUAUGGAAAGAGUGUUGAUGUUUUCUCGUUUGCUCUUAUAGUACAUGAGAUGUUCCAAGGAGGACCGUCGAAUAGGGCAGAACUCCCUGAGCAAGUUGCAGACAAGAGGGCUUAUGAAGAUUCUCGACCAUCCCUAUCCUCAUUCGUGUACCCUGAACCGAUCAAGAUGCUUCUUCGAGAGUGCUGGCAUAAGAAUCCAGAAUGCCGACCUACAUUUGAAGAGAUAAUUUCACAGCUAGAGACAAUUGAAGACAAUUUCAGAUAUCAGAAACCCGUAGGUGGUUGUUGCGGCUGUAGCAUCUUAUGAAUUGAUUUAUUAGUAUAAGCUGUAUUUGCUCAUCAUACAGUAAACACGCCCGCAGGUGCAUGUUUUGUACCUUUUUCCUCUUUGUAAUUGAUGUACUGUCUUCCAAUUUUUACCAGUGGAAUAUCAUUCUGUGUUUCGAAUCUGUAAUGGUGGCGCCACAUAUCAUGGAAAAGGUGUUCAUCUCUUAGAUAACUUUUUGCAAAAAUCCACAGGGAAUUACAGUGGGUAACAUGCAAUUAUCGUAUAAAAGAAAACUUUUGGCCUUCUCAUUUGAUGCCAACUGCUUUAUUUC